CCGGCGCGCCUAUUGGCCCGGCCCCUGCGGGUAGAGCAGCGCGGGCGACUCCGGCGCGCGUGCGCGGGGCGGGGCGCGGCGGGGGCGGCGCUUUGUGUGCAGCAGUGAGCCGGGGUCUGCGGGGCGCGGGCCGCGGCGGGCGGCGGCAUGGAGGAGCUGAGCAGCGUGGGCGAGCAGGUCUUCGCCGCCGAGUGCAUCCUGAGCAAGCGGCUCCGCAAGGGCAAGCUGGAGUACCUGGUCAAGUGGCGCGGCUGGUCCUCCAAACACAACAGCUGGGAGCCAGAAGAGAACAUCUUGGACCCGAGGCUGCUCCUGGCCUUCCAGAAGAAGGAGCAUGAGAAGGAGGUACAGAACCGGAAGAGAGGCAAGAGGCCCCGGGGCAGGCCGAGGAAACACACCGUCAUGUCCUCCUGCAGCCGGCGCUCCAAGCUCAAGGAACCAGAUGCACCCUCCAAGUCCAAAUCCAGCAGUUCAUCCUCUUCGUCCACAUCUUCCUCCUCUUCCUCAGACGAAGAAGAAGAUGACAGUGACCUAGAUUCCAAGAGGGGCCCCCGGGGCCGUGAAACCCACCCAGUGCCUCAGAAAAAAGCCCAGAUCCUGGUAGCCAAGCCAGAGCUGAAGGAUCCCAUUCGAAAGAAACGAGGGCGCAAGCCUCUACCCCCAGAACAGAAGGCAGCUCGGAGACCUGUGAGCCUGGCCAAGGUGCUAAAGACCGCCAGGAAGGAUCUGGGGGCCUCAGCCGCCAAGCUGCCCCCUCCGCUCAGUGCUCCUGUGGCAGGCCUGGCUGCCCUGAAAGCCCACACCAAAGAGUCCUGUGGUGGCCCCAGCACUAUGGCGACCCCAGAGAACCUGGCCAGUCUGAUGAAAGGCAUGGCCGGGAGCCCCAACCGAGGUGGCAUCUGGCAGAGCUCUAUCGUACAAUACAUGAACCGCAUGAGCCAGAGUCAGGCUCAGGCUGCCGGCCGACUGGCAUUCAAGGCCCAGGCUGCCAACAAGUGCAGUCUCGGGCUAGACCUGAAAGUGAGGACGCAGAAAGGGGAGCUAGGGGUGAGCCCCACAGGAAGCAAGGCCCCGAAAGCCCCCGGCGGCGGUGGAGCUGCAGAGCUGCAGAGAGGGAACGAUUCGGGGAACCCAGGUUCGCAGCUGGCACCCACUCAGGAGUUGAGCCUUCAGGUCCUUGACUUACAGAGCAUCAAGAACGGUGUGCCUGGUGUGGGCCUGCUCGCUCGCCAUGCCACAGCCAAGGCUAUUCCUGCUACCAACCCAGCCACAGGGAAAGGUCCCGGGAGUGGCCCCACAGGAGUAAACGUGACCAACACUCCCACAGACAACAACAAAGGGGAAAAACUGGCUUGCAAAACAACGGCUCUGCCUACCCCUUCUGUCAAGAGGGACACCGUUAAAAGCGUUGCUGCCUCCUCCGGUGGGCAGGAGGGCCACGCAGCCCCCGGAGAAGGUCGAAAGCCACUUGCGCUGUCUGAGAUGAGCACAGGAGAGGAGAAUAGUAGUUCUGACUCGGACCCAGACUCAUCCUCGCUUCCCAGUGCUGGGCAGAACCUGUCUGUAGCUAUCCAGACCAGCCAGGACUGGAAACCUACCCGCAGUCUCAUCGAGCACGUCUUUGUCACGGAUGUCACGGCCAACCUCAUCACCGUCACCGUGAAGGAGUCUCCCACCAGUGUGGGCUUCUUCAACUUGAGGCAUUAUUGAGACCGUUGCCCAAGCCAGACCAACCUUCCACUCUGGUUUUGCUUUGAUGCCUGACCUGGGGGCCAACUCUGUCCUGUCCUGAGACUCAGGGCUGGGAAAUGGCUGCCUGCUGAUUCUACCUCUCUGGGCCUCCGCUUCAGUCUGUCUUGUCACCUAAGGAAAGCCGGGUGGCCACUGACUCAAGCUGCCUGCUUGGACAUAGCAUCCUUUCUACACAUCCCUCCUUAACCUAGAGAGACCCUCCCCUCCCUGCCUGACUGCUGUGAGGUGGAUCAGGGGAGGGGCCGCUGAUACAGCUCCCUCCCCAGGCCAGUGAGGAGAAGGGUGGGGCUGGUAGGACCUUCUCCCAAGUCCACCCACAACAGGGCCGUGCUUGCAAGUAAGGCUAUAGCUUCAUUUUUUAAAAGGCUAAUUAGUUGUGAGGUCAGGCUCGGGGACCCUGCGGAACUCUUCAGUCUCUACCCCUGGUGGGGUGUCCCUCUACCUGUGGUUGUAAUCCCAAAGCCCAGCCAGGGUUUGGGGUCCCGGCACUAAGGUGUACCUGGGUGCUACUGGACUUGGGGACAGAGAGAGUCAUGCCCUAAUUGCCUCCUUCCUGCAAGCAGGCUCAAGCCCCAGUGAGAAGCGACCCUGUUCCCCUCCGGAUCCAGACCCAUACCCCUGUUUGGCCCACUAACUUGCGCCCUAGUUCUGAGGUCUGACACUCCUGGACUUAGGGGAGGAACAAGCUAGAAACCCAGAGUUGGCUGAGGUAGGAGCUUGGAGUCCUGGGCAAGCAGUUUUCCCCACGAGUUGGAGUUUUAUUACUAGGACCCAUAAGUUACUGCGGUAGCUCCAGUGUGGGAAUGCAGGUGUUUAUGGGGCCUGUCACCCUGCUGCCUGUCUAGACAUCUCUAGACUACUGUCUAAGCAUUUUCUGUAGUCAGUCCUGGUGCAGAGCCUUGCCUGGUGAGUGGGCCACGCUGGGGUCCUGUUUUCCCUGACAAUCCUCUCUCACAUUUGGGAGCUUGUGUUUCCUCCCUCGCUGAGAAGCAAUAUCCCCAUGCAUUUGUGUGGUGGGGUAGUUUAGCAGCCCUCCUGGCAGGGGGGCCCUAAUUCCUUCCCCAUCUUAGGAGAGAAGUUCUGAGCCCCUUUCUAGAUGCCUUCUCCCCUGUUCCCCAUCCCAGGUAACUGUCUUGAAACUACCUUGUCAGAUUGCUGGCCAAUGUCAGGAUUUUUUGUCCUGGGAUAUCACCGCGGGCCUUGACAAUCUGGUCAGUGAGUCUGUGAUGCCAAAAAGUGGAGGUGGUAUGAAACCCUUGUUUCCAAUUCUGCCAUUGAUCAGCCAGCAGGUGUGAGCUCUUCACUCUAGUUGCCUUGAAGGGAAGCAUUUCUCCUCCUAAAACCAGCCAGAUAGUGGGCUGUGGUGUCUGGGACCUGCCACGCUUUCAAAGUGCACCCCACCCCACCCCAGUAGCUCACUCUGCACACCAAAUAAGAUGGUCUUUGUAUAACCAAACUGACCUCAACGCUGUGCCUUUUGGAACAGACCCAUCUCCAUGGCUCUUGAGAGAUGCCUGUGAUGUGCCAGGGGCCCUUGUGACUGGCAGCAGGAGCUGCCUACAGGGAAGAAUUCAGGGCCAGGAAAUGGGUAACAAGGGGGAAGGGUUGCCUACUGGGCCAUCAGCUUCCCUCCCUGCCCUCAGCCAGGGUCUGCAGCUUUUGUGCCAGACACUGCCUUACAGACACCUCCAUGCCUUUGGGGGUCUGGGUUGACUGGCCUUUGUCUCCUGCUGCUGGUCUCCAAGCCCCGAUUUGGUGCCUUUUGUUUUACUGGUUACGUCAGUCCCAAAAUUGAAAUCUACACAUCCUUUCCUCUCAGCCACUUUGCCUUCUUGUGUGUUUUUCCUGGUGCUGUGACCCCGGGGGGGUCUGUGUUAUAAAGCACAUGUAUGUAGUGCGCCAGCACGAGAACCCACUGGAGCAGCACCAUACGCUCUGAGUCAAGUUUUCGUGUUUACUGAAAAAUAAAGUAGUUGGUUUUUAUGUU